AUGCAGGCAUGCACAGGAGCCAGACAAACACACAAGGAGGAGGAGGAGGGGGUGGAGGAGCAGGAGAAGGAGGAGGAAGAGGAGGAGGAGGAGGAGCAGCAAGAGAGUGGAGAGGUCAGAGAGAAUGACACUACAGAGACCACCCAACCUGAUGACUGGGCUGAACUGAGAGACAUGAUGGUGGAACCGAGAGUGGAGUUCCACAAGAACACCGUGGAAGAACUGAAGAGAGAGAACGUGUCACAUGCAGCAGAGCUGUCCACCAUGCGGGAGAGACUGGAUGCCAGGGAGGGGAAGUGGUUCGAACUGGAGGCCAGACUGAGUUCUAGUGAGCAGGAGGUGGAGGAGCUGAAGAGAGAGAACACAGACAGACCGAAGGUAGCCUUCUCUGCUGCUUUAGGUCGUCCAGUGGGACCCUUCACUACUGCUGUCACACUAGUGUCCAACAAUGUCAUCACGAACAUUGGUAAUGCCUCCAGCCCAGUUACAGGGGCCUUCACAGCACCAGUGAGAGGUGUCUACUACAUCAGAUUCACUGGUAUGGACAACCGCAUCUCAACAAGGGUGGGUGUCUCCAUGAAAAAGAAUGGCAAGUACCACAUAAUGUGGGCAGGUCAGAGGAAUGUAGCAGAUCAUCAGCAUGUUUCCACUGCAGUGAUUCUAGAGCUGGAGGAAAGGGAUGUGAUCUACAUGGAACUGGAUUCUGUCUUUAGGCUCUAUGAUGAUCACGAUAAACACAGUAUCUUCACUGUCUUUCUGCUCUUCCCUAGGUGA